GUCUGCUGUGAGCUUAGCCUAUCGGCUCGACUGUUUGCAAGAUGGCGUCGUUCUUGAUUGUCUGUCUCGCUGUAUCUCUAGCGUGUUGUCGAGUCGAUGGAAGCACUGGACAAAAGCAAACGUGCCGGAGCACGGCCCCCGACACGUACGGUAGAGACGGGUUUCUGUGUCCAGUUGACCUGCGAUGCAAGUCUGCUAGUCAACGUUGUCUCGGCCCAUCGAGUCGAGUGUGCGCGCGGAACGGAGAGAUGGAAGAAGGUUGUGGCUACGACACGUCACGUCAACAAUACAAGUAUUAUCUAGGCAAAUCUUCACUCUCGAGUUCAAGUUCGUCUAGUUCUAGCAGAACAAAACGAGGAUACACGCGAUGUUUGAAGUUGCUUGUAUAUAAAUUCUACCACAACUUCGUCGACUACCGUGGUUUCACCUUUGAAUUUGGACGCUACGGAGUGCAAGUACUGGACAAAAAUGAUCUAAACUAUAAGUAUCGCGCAGUUGCACUUGGUGGUAAGAAAGUAACCGGUUACACUUAACAAGGGCACCAGCGACUGUACUUACGAAGAACUGAAAACGUUCGUGCAAGACUAUUGGAACGGUGAGUACGAUCUUUGUGAUAACAAUUGCCAAGACUUUGCUCAAGGGCUUACCAAGAUACUGUCCAACAACUGUGCAAUGAUUCGAGCUAAUCGUCCGCAAGGAACAGAUGCAGUCCUUCCCGACAAUUUGGUCGCUUACUUUAGGCAAAUAACGGUGGGUAGCUGCUUUCAACGGCUUCAGUCUUCCAUCGUCGACAGCACUUCACCGGCCACGGUAUCGGCUGGAGCUGUGGCGACUGUGACCGGUCUUGUCUGGAUGUACAGUCUCGUUGCUGUCGUGACGACCAUAGUCGUGAGUCGUGGACUCUAGAACGGUUGUAUAUAUAAUACUAUUAUGUCUGCGUGUCGUACGAGCUAUCUGGACUGGCUGAAUGCUAGAAAGCUGCGUGCAUGAUUGUAUGCUGGGUGCAACGGGUUAGACCGCCCUAGUGUGCUGUUGCAAUUGCUGCCUAGUUGGAGCUGUUGUUUGUAGGUUUGUGUUUUCUAGAAAGUCUAAUCAAAGCAAACCGGCACACUGAAUUCGACGCAAUUUUACACUUACUUUGUCUAGACACACAUUUGCGACAUCUCGUGUCGUGAUCCGGUGACGCAGCUUUCCCAGGGGAAUAAUCAGACGAAGUUGGAAAAGGAAAGAGCCACCCUCCUGUAGUGCAAAAAUCAUAAUUUAUAGUUAAACUGAAAGAUCUACAUGUGUGUUUACUUCCUAAAAUGGAAUAGAUUUUGCAAGCGUUUCGUAGUGAAGGAAAUUGAAAGUUACUUUCACAUUGUCAUUUCCGGAAUGGGGCGGGUCAGUCCAUAACGAGCUUUUCGGCCCACGUAGAGAACUCGACGACGCGUUACGCCUUGUGCGCAUGCGCUCAGUGGUACGUCGAUAUGAUUAAUUAAGUAUGUGCUAAUGUCACAAGAGCGGAUGCCGCCAACUAUCCGGUAAGUGUUGCAAUGACGCAUGGAUGAUUACUAGAGACACGCGUAUAGUGUUGCUAUGUCAGCAACACAACACACCUCUAUACACUUACGUUAACGUCGUAUACUCUAGUUACUAUUAUUAGUGACAGUAAACGGUUAGUGACAAAACAAUUACAGUCUAACUGGUGUAGAAUUAGCCUAAUGAGCAAGAGAACAACUGGAUAGCAGCCACUUGGAUUGCAAACCAAUUGAUUUUUGUAUAGUUAUAUUGUUUGUUUAUCUAUUUAUCUAACUGACGUUGAACACAUUCCUUAGCUAAUUAGAAUUCUCAGCAAAAGAGCAAAAAGUUAAUAUCAAGUCUUUAUCAUUUCCAAAAACUUCCUACACUAGUCAAUUGAAACAGUCUGCUGUGAACGGCUCGACAAGAUGACGUCGUUCUUGAUUCUCUGUCUCGCUAUAUCUCUAGCGUGUUGUAGAGUCGAUGGAGGCAGUAGUGGACAAAAGCAAACGUGCCGCAGUACAGCUCCCAACACUUAUGGUAGAGACGAGUUUCUGUGUCCAAUUGACCAGCAAUGCAAGCCCGCCAAUCAACGCUGUCUCGGCCCAUCCAGUCAAGUGUGUGCGCAGAAUGGAAAGAUGGAAGAAGGUUGUAACUACGACGCGUCACGUCAACAAUACGAGUAUUAUAAAGGACAAGCUCCACUUUUAUCAAGUUCAAGUUCAAUAAGCAGAAGAAAACGAGAAUAUUUUAAGAAUCAUAAACCUUACCAUGUCUUCGUCGACUACCGUGGUUUCACCUUUGAAUUUGGAGGAUACAGAGCGCAAAUACUGGACAAAAACGAUCCGAAGUAUAAAUAUGGCCCACAUGGUACUGGUACAGUAAAUAAACGUGAGUACAUGGGCACCAGCGACUGUACCUAUGGAGAACUGCAAACGUUCGUACAAGACCGGAACAGAAAGUACGAUGUUUUCACUAACAAUUGCCAACACUUUGCUGCAGGGCUUAUCACUAUACUGUCCAACAAUUGCGCAAAGAUUCGAGCUUAUCGUCCGCAAAGAAAGAGAGACACAGCCAUCCCCGACGAUUUAGCUGCUUACUUUAGUCAAAUAACGACGGGUAACUGCUCUCUGUCUUCCAACGGCGACAGCAACUCACCAAAUGGAUCUGUGGCGACUGAGACCGGUCUUGUCUGGAUGUACAGUCUCGUUGCUAUUAUGACGACCUCAUUCGUGAGUCGUGGGCUUUAGAACGGUUGUGUUACCAUGUCUGCGUGUCGUACGAGCUAUCUGGACUGGCUGCAUGCUCUCAAUAGCUAGGUGAGUGCAUGCUUGCAUGCGUAUGCUGGAUGUAACGCCGGCCUAUAUUUUGUGCUGUGCUAUCGCUUGCAAUUGCUGCUUAUUUGGAACUGCUGUUUGCAAUUUAUGUUUUAUAAUUUGUAAGUGUUUUCAAAUUAAGGAAAUUGAAAGUUAC